UACCAGUAGGAAAAAAUGUUUAAACUUCUUCUUUUUUUUUGGUGCCUUCUCCUAACAGCCUGGUCUGGAGUGGAUGGAAGAAUUAACACCCCUGAACAGAGUUCUCCUUCAUUUUCUUCUCUGGGGCUAAAUCCUGCAGUUUCUGGAUCAAGCAGUGAAUCUGUUUCUCAGCCUGGUACUACUGACUUCCAGUGGGAUUUAAACCGUAAUCAGGCACAUGUUGAUGAUGAAUGGUCUGGGUUAAAUGGGCUUUCUUCUGCUGAUCCCAGUUCUGAUUGGAAUGCCCCAGCAGAGGAAUGGGGAAACUGGGUUGAAGAAGAAAAGUCUCCUUCCAGUCCACAAAUGGAAGAAGCCUUGUCUGAGCCUCAGAAGGCUACAGAUGAUGAGAAAGAGAAGCCAGAACCAACUUUGCAAAGUACAGCAAGUGGUAAAUCAAAAAAGAAAAAGAAGAAAAAGAAAAAGCAGGGGGAAGAGGCUACCUCUCCUGCACAGGAUGCUGAUGAUCUGGAUAGACAGGCUGUAGAAGAAUUUCCAGAAGAUACCUCACAAGUUCAACAAGAGCAGAUACCUUUCUCUUUAAAGACCAUCAGCACUAGUGAACAAGCUGAGCCUGAAGAGAUGCCCUCAUUUGCAGUUUCUACUGAGCCAUCUGUAACUGUAUCAGAGAGUGAAUCUGACAAGAUACCUUCCCAAGUGCCACAGAUGUUACAGGAGUUAGACGUUCCUAUUUCUAAUGUUAAGCAAAACAGUGUGCCUCCACCACAGAGUAAGUAAUUCUUGGAAGUAUUC